CCUCCCCCGGCUCCUCCUCCUCCUCCUCCUCCUCCUCCAUCUCUCCUCUCCUCUCCAGGCGGCAGGAUGGACGUCGUAAAUCAGCUCGUAGCCCAGGGUCAGUUCCGGAUCCUGAAGGUUCCUCUGGGCUUCAUCAAGGUCCUGCAGUGGUUCUUCGCCAUCUUCGCCUUCUCCACCUGUGGCAGUUACUCCGGGAUGUUCAAGAUGGCGGUGGAGUGUAGGAACCGGACGGAGAGCGACCUCGCCAUACAAGUGGAGUUCGAGUAUCCGUUCAGACUCCACCAGGUGUACUUCGACGCCCCCACCUGUAAGGACAGGGCCACGGACCGGAUCUUCCUGGUCGGAGACUACUCUUCCUCCGCCGAGUUCUUCGUCACCAUCGGCGUCUUCGCCUUCCUCUACUCCACCGCGGCUCUCAGCAUCUACGUCUUCUUCUACGACAAGUACAAGGAGAACAACAAAGGCCCGCUGAUCGACCUGGGAGUGACGGCGGUGUUUGCCUUCAUGUGGCUGGUGAGUUCGGCGGCUUGGGCCAAAGGUCUGUCCGACGUGAAGACGGCGACCGAUCCGGAUGAGGUCAUCACUUUGAUCGACGCCUGUGAGAAGAAGGAGAACUCCUGCCGAGAAGUCCACGACCCGGUCAUGUCCGGACUCAACACCUCCGUGGCGUUCGGUUUCAUCAAUCUGGUCCUGUGGGCCGGAAACCUCUGGUUCGUCUUCAAGGAGACGGGCAUCAUCGCCCCGUUCAUGCGAGCUCCGCCUCCUGAGGGCAAACCUGCGCCCGACGCCUACGCCCAGCAGGGGGCGUACGAACAAGACCCGUAUGCCAGCAACCAGGGAGGCUACCAGCCCGAGUUCAACCAGCAAGGAUACAACCAGGAGGCUGAGUACGGUCAAGGCUACAGCCAACAGGGGGCGCCCACCUCCUUCUCCAAUCAGAUGUGAGGCGACAGGAAGCAGGAAGUGCCGGAGUGAACCAGCAGUGGGUCGCCUGCAACCUACCCACAAUGCAACACUCCAGCCUGCCUGCAACAUUACUGGGAGGGGUUGGGAUAAAUGUUCACUGCUGUGAAUCAGUGUGUAAAUGACAAAAAGAGAAUCUAAAUGAGAAACCCACAACUAGACCAAGCAGUGCUGAGUAGAACCCAGAGGUUCUGGUUGAUCUUCGUGUUCGGGUCUGUAUCUGUGGACAGAAUGUAUGUUUGUGUUGUAUAGAUAUCACUUAUGAACAGAUAUAUAAUCUCAACCCUUUCUUCUCGCUUCCUAUUGGACCCUGGGAUUUCUUGUUGCAAUAAACCCCGCCCCCAAAAUCCAGAUUGCUAAUCAAUGCUGUUCAGAGUGGGUUCAACGAUCCGGUUCAGAUCAGAACCAAACAGAGAUCCGGAUAGAAAUCGAUGAGCCGCUGGUCCACCAGCAUCGCCUCCCAGCUCUUUGUGUUGCUGCAUGUAAAUAUCCACACAGGAAGUGAUGUCAGUCUGGACUUGUAGCAAACGCAGCCUGGACGCCGGCAUGGUGGCGUCCAUGGAAACUAGAUCCAAAAUGGCUUCCUGUCAUUGUGAGUACAAUUAACAGCUAUCUACUACAUUCCUGCUGAGGAAAUGUCUGAGGGCCCAAUCGUCCAUCUGAGGCCCAAUCGUCCAUCUGAAGGCCCAAACAUCCAUCUGUGGGCCCAAUCGUCCCUCUGAAGGCCCAAUCGUCCCUCUGAAGGCCCAAUCGUUCAUCUGAUGCCCAAUCAUCCAUCUAAGGGCCCAAUCGUCCAUCUGAAGGCCCAAUAGUCCCUCUGAAGGCCCAAUCGUCCAUCUGAGGGCCCAAACAUUCAUCUGUGGGCCCAAUCGUCCGUCUGAGGGCCCAAACGUCCGUCUGAAGGCCCAAUCAUCCAUCUGAAGUCCAAUCGUCCAUCUAAGGGCCCAAUCGUCCAUCUGAAGGCCCAAUCGUCCCUCUGAAGGCCCAAUAGUCCCUCUGAAGGCCCAAUCGUCCAUCUGAGGGCCCAAACAUUCAUCUGUGGGCCCAAUUGUCCGUCUAAAGGCCCAAUCGUCCAUCUGAGGGCCCAAACAUCCAUCUGUGGGCCCAAUCGUCCGUCUGAGGGCCCAAACGUCCGUCUGAAGGCCCAAUCAUCCAUCUGAAGUCCAAUCGUCCAUCUAAGGGCCCAAUCGUCCAUCUGAAGGCCCAAUCGUCCCUCUGAAGGCCCAAUCGUCCCUCUGAAGGCCCAAUCGUCCGUCUGAGGGCCCAAUCGUCCGUCUGAGGGCCCAAUCGUCCAUCAGUGUCUCCCUGCUCUCAGCCAAUCACAGCUCUCUCUGGAACGUUCUCCUGAAAACUCUGAUGCUUCCUCCUCCUCCUCCUCCUCCUCCUCCUCCUCCUCUUCUUCUUCUUGGGUUGUUUUUUGAACGUGAAGCUGUUUUUAGCGUCGGUAUCGCCUCCGCAUGGUGACAUGUUUUCUUUUUGUGUUGUUCAGUAACUGAAGAUCAGUGUGAUUCUACUUCCUGUUUCCUGUUGAGGUGUGUGUGAGAUAAUUUCCUGUCAAUGCUUCAUCAGAUAUGUUUUCCUCCUCUUCCUCACCUUCUGUGCAUCUUUUAAACUAUUUCUUCUUUUCCCUUUGCUCUUCAUCUCCUCCUUCAUGCCCUCCUCUUCCUCAGUUGUUCGUCCUCAUGGCUUCUCCUCUUGGGCUUUGUGAUGUAACUUCCUGUAAGAUGAAGUACUGCCCAGCAUCAGUAACCAUGGCAAUGGUAUUGACAGUGAUGUGUGCUUGUGUGACUUGUUGCCAUGGAGACCCUUCCCCUCCCUGUUUCUUCAGUGAAAAGUUUCAAUAAAUGAUAAUUGCUGAG